UUCACAAUUCAAACCUCUGAAAUCCAUUUUUACACUUUCUCUCUCCUCCCUCUUUCUCUUUUUCUCUCUCCUACUUUGCAAAACCCUCUCAAAAAUCACAACCCCCUUCUUCUUCUUCUCCAACUCCAUUUUCUCUCUCCUCCUCCUCCUCCUCCUCCUCCUUAUUCAAAUCCUACCAUGUCCAGCAACAAAGAAGAACACCCUUUAAGCUUCUCAAACCCAAACCCAUCUUCAUCUUCUCCAAUCACACUCUCUGAAGGUGACAACUCCUCCAGUUAUCUCCUCGAACCUCAGAUUGGCAGCGCUUCUAACAGCUUCCAAAGCGACAGUAUUCUCUACGAUUCCGCCGGAACUAGCACUUGUGACCCUGAUUUUGGCUUCUUUAGGCCUGAUUUCCGCCAAAAUACUCUUCUGGGUAGUGUUCAAUUCUAUGAUCGCCAUGUUUUUCUUUGCUAUAAGAACCCUCGAAAUUGGCCCCCUCGUAUUGAAGCUGCUGAGUUUGAUCGAUUGCCUAGGCUUCUUUCUGCUGCUUUGGCUGCUCGUAAAUCAGAUAUGAAGAAAGAGACUCGUCUAACAAUCUGUGAGGGACGUGAUGGAACUGAAACAUCUAAUGGAGACGUAUUAAUCUUCCCAGACAUGAUCAGAUACAGGAGAUUGACACAUUUUGACGUCGAUACUUUUGUCGAAGAAGUUCUAAUUAAAGAUGGUGAAUGGAUUCCUGGAAACCCGGAGAAGCUGAAAGGCUUUUACAUUUUUGUAUGUUGUCAUGGGAGCCGAGAUCGUCGUUGCGGUGUGUGUGGACCUCCUUUGGUUGCUAGAUUCAAGGAAGAGGUAGAUUUACAUGGUCUUCAAGGAAAAGUCUCCAUUGGCCCAUGCUCUCAUGUUGGUGGUCACAAAUAUGCUGGAAAUGUAAUAAUCUUUGGAUCUGGGAUUGAUGGGGAAGUCACUGGGCACUGGUAUGGAUAUGUUACACCAGACGAUGUUCCUAAUUUGCUUGAACAGCAUGUUUUGAAGGGAGAAAUUGUAGAGUGGCUGUGGAGGGGUCAAAUGGGUUUAUCUGAGGAUGAUCAGCAAAAAGCCCAAGAGUUGAGGCUCCAAAACAAAGAAGGAAACCAUUCAGGCAAUAAUAGACAGCUCUCUUCUGAGCUGCCGGAGUCUCCGACAGGUGUAUCUCAUUCUGGGUCCAACGGAUGUUGCCAGGCAAAUGGAAAUGCUGCAUGCUGUCAAUAUCCCACCUCAGUGGGAAAGGAGGAUGAUUUUGUUAUUCAUGACGGAGAAGUAAAAGUAGCCAAUGGGAAGAAGGGCAAAAAGCUAUUGCGAAAUAACAGCUACAAUGAGCUUGGAAAGCGGAAGGUAUGUGCUAUGCCUUCAUGGUUUGAGAGCUGGGAGCGUGAAGAUACAUAUGCAGCCCUUGCAGUUGUUUGUGCUGCUGUUUCAGUUGGUAUCGCAUAUAGCUGCUAUAAGCAACUGUAAACCUUGUGUGCCUGGCUUUAUGUUGUAAUGUUAGUAGUGGUCUAAUUGAUAUUUUUAGCAGUUGAAUGCAUUGUGCAUAGAGGAGAAUGCAAUGUGAAUGUGCAGUGGCAUUUUUCUCUUCUGCAAUCAGAUAUGAAGAUUUGAAAUGUAAAUGGAUUAUAAUCUGUAAAUUUAUCAAUGGAAUGUGAUUUUUAGUUCAAUUUAGUUUGGAAAACAAA